AUGGUACCUCAGAGAUCACAUGGUCCUUGAUAGAGAGAGAGAGACCGAGUCAAAAAAAGUAGUUUGUGCUUUUCAGUACAUCACAUAUCAUACACGACAUCAAGAGGUAUACAACAGUAAAGAUCAGAGUAACAAAAAUGAAGGUAUUUUUAUGGGGUCUUUUGGCCCUUGUGCACAUUAUAAAUGCUCAGGUGCCACACUGGGGGCCAUGUCCAGAGCCUGCUACCCAACCUGCUUUUAACUUAAAGAAGUUUAUGGGCAGGUGGUUCGAGAUCGCCAAACUUCCAGCUCAGUUUGAGCGAGGGCGAUGCAUCGAGACAAACUUUACUCUCGUGCUGGAUGGAUCUGCUCGUGUUGUGGGCACAGAGAUUCUUAAAGGAGAGCUAAAAACAAUUGAAGGAACCGCUGUGGUGGAAGACAAAAGAAAUCCAGCAAAACUUGGAAUCAGUUUCUCUUACGUUUUGCCAUACACUCCAUACUGGAUUCUGUCUACGGACUAUGAAAACUCAGCACUGGUUUAUUCAUGCACCGAUGUCCUGAGAUUGUUUCACGUGGACUUUGCUUGGAUUCUGGGCCGCACCCGAUCACUGCCUGCUGCCACCAUUGACCACGGCAAAGAGGUUUUUACCAAUAACAACAUCGAUGUGAGUCGAAUGAUCUUGAGCAAACAGCAGGGGUGUGACUAAGACCUCCCAAUAUUGAGAUGUGGAGGGUUGAAGGUCCUGGGAACAACUAAUAAGAUCAUUCCUGUAUUCAUAAUAAACAUCACAUGUACCCUCAAAGAAAAAAAACAUGCAUUCUUGGAUUUAUGUCAUUUAAAUCUAUUUGUGCAUAAUUGAAAGCUCAAGUUUUCAACAGAGGAAAUUAAUUCACUGCACUAAUAAAAACCAUGAGUUGUGUACCAA